UUUCAUCCAUUCAGUCCUCCUGCUGGGCUCCGCUGUGCUUUAUAUCAGCAAGCAGGAACACUACGUGGUGCUCAUGGUUUUCGCCCUGGCGCUGGGGUGGUCCAACUUGUUAUAUUACACCCGUGGUUUUCAGCAAAUGGGCAUUUAUUCUGUCAUGCUCGAAAAGAUGAUGCUACGAGACCUGGGUCGCUUCAUCGUGGUUUACCUGCUCUUCCACUUCGGCUUUUCAACCGCUGUGGUGACCCUCAUCGAGGAGGACAACGAGGGGAGGCCAGAGAUCAGCCAGGUGCACGACAUGUGCCCCUGUCCCGUGAAGCCCCGCCCGUCCUACAACAACCUCUACACCACCUGUCUGGAGCUCUUCAAGUUCACCAUUGGGAUGGGUGACUUGGAGUUCACAGAGAACUACCACUUCAAGUCCAUCUUCAUCAUCCUCUUGUUGACCUACGUUGUCCUCACCUACAUCCUGCUGCUGAACAUGCUCAUCGCCCUCAUGGGCGAAACAGUCAACAAGAUUGCGCAGGAGAGCAAAAGCAUCUGGAAACUCCAGCGAGCCAUCACCAUUUUAAACAUUGAGAACAGCUACUGGAACUGCGUUGUCAACUCUUUCCGGUCUGGGAAGCGGGUUUUGGUGGGGACAACCCCAGACGGCAAGGAUGAUUACCGCUGGUGCUUCCGAGUGGACGAGGUGAAUUGGUCCACCUGGAAUACCAACCUGAGCAUCAUCAACGAAGACCCGGGAGGAUCCGCAGAAGAGCUGAAGCGAAACCUCAGCUUUUCUUUCAAAUCUGGCAGAGUUUCUGGAAAGAACUGGAAGACCUUGGUCCCGAUUCUGAGAGACGGAAAACGAGAAGGAUCGCUUAAACCCAUUUCGGAGGACUAUGCUGAUUCGGAGGAACAAGAUGCCCGGAAAAAGUCCCUCCCCAACUCUGCCUUAUGAUCGUUGGUGGAAGACGGGUGGUGCAAUGCACACGAGCAGGAGGUCUCUCUUCUUCCUGCAGGGUCUGGUCCCCUCCCUAUCCAAUGCCUCGAUGAUCAAGCUCCUAGCAUCUUGUCCAAAGGCCACAGUGUGUUUCUUGAGUUCAUUUCAGUUCCUUCCAAGGACACGGAGGGAGGUGGAUGAGUUGCAUGGAGCCAUAAACAAGCAGUAUGAAGAAACAUCCCUUCCACACGAAUCAUAAUAAUUGUCGAAAACGAUUAUUGGUUGAGAACAUCACACCGUGCAUGCUUAGAGCCACAAGCCCCUUUGCGCUGAGUGGAGCUUACUAGGGCUUUCCUCAGGGAUAAGCAGGGGAAAAGAGAAGGUCAAAGGCGUGUUAGUUUCAUACCUAUAUCAGCUGCUUUCAGAGGCUGCGAGGGGACCGAGAGGCAUUUCUUAUUUUCAUUCAAACGUAACGCCAUCCUGGAACGCCUUCGGUGGCAUGGGGGUGUCACGGGUUCUUUUUUCAACUGUCCCCAGUGAGAUUGACCCAGACUCAAGAGAGACGCAAAAGCACUGGACCCGGGACCGGUGGUUUCUUUAUAAAGGCUGGGGGGAUGUUUUCUUUUGCACAAACAAAUGUGUAAAAGUGAUAUGUGAGGGCUUCCUCCUGUUCCUAUCCUAUCUGAUCCGAUCCUAUCCUAUCAC